CCACUUUGCGAAUGAUCUGAUUGGCGGACGGCUGUGGGGGGUGUUAGGGAGAGGCGUGACUCAGGUUUAAACUAAACAAGCGCCGAACUCUCGUAUUAGAAGUGGCGGCUGAGGGAAUCGGGUUGUUUCUUCCGCGAUGGGGGCGAUCGUGGCAGAGACGAGUCAGAAUGGAGACACUUCCCUAUGUCCUGAGAAGAAGUUUACGGUACCGCGGCCUCCUUCCAUAGAGGAAUUCGGCAUCGUGAAACCCAUCAGCCGCGGCGCUUUCGGGAAGGUGUAUCUGGCACGCAGGAAAAACAACAGCAAGCUCUUCGCUGUCAAGGUUGUCAAAAAAGCUGACAUGAUAAACAAGAACAUGGUUCAACAGGUCCAGGCGGAGAGGGAUGCGCUUGCUCUGAGCAAAAGUCCUUUUAUUGUCCAUUUAUAUUAUUCACUUCAGUCUGCCAACAACAUAUACUUGGCUAUGGAGUAUCUCAUUGGUGGGGAUGUGAAAUCUCUUCUGCACAUUUAUGGAUACUUUGAUGAAGAGAUGUCCAUUAAAUAUAUUUCUGAAGUUGCACUGGCUCUUGAUUACCUGCACAGACAUGGAAUAAUUCAUAGAGACCUUAAGCCAGAUAACAUGUUGAUCUCCAAUGAAGGGCACAUCAAACUAACAGAUUUUGGCCUCUCUAAGGUGACCCUAAAGCGAGAACUUAGUAUGAUGGAUAUCUUAACCACACCAUCUAUGGCCAAGCCUAAGCGGGACUAUUCACGUACCCCAGGACAAGUGCUUUCUCUUAUAAGCUCUUUGGGUUUUAACACACCAGCUGGGGGAAGAACGCAAGGAUCGUUAACUCAGCAAACUGAAGGAAUGCGUGGAAAUGCUUCUACUCCCCUUCUGAUGAAAAAGAGAGAAAGUUCGGUGAAAGGCAGUAAGCUGAUGAUUUCAUGCCCUGAAGCCAGCUUGUCCAGUCCUAGCAUGCCGGUAAAAUGUCUGACACCCAACCUUCUCAAGUGCAGGACCCGGUUUCCUACAUCCAGUACAAGCAGCCAGUCACGUAUCUGUUUAUCCAGCUUGGAGUCAGAGUGUGACAUGAGUCCCAGAUGGGAAAACUGCAGCCAGGAUGCAGAAGUACCUCCAUACUUGAACUCCAGCCGGGUAAAGGAUUGCUCAUUGGAACAGGCAAUGAGCAAAAAACCUAUGGGCAGCUCUGCCUCCCACAAUUUAAAGCAUUUGGAAUUUGCUUUCUCUCCAAUUGUUGAUCGCAGAACUGAAAAGAAGGCAAGCUUCCAGGAUGAGACUGGGGAACUAAGAGACACUCCACUUGCCACUCUCAAUGCAAAAGGCGUCAUUAGGAAAUGCCUCUAUGAAAAUAAGGAACAAGAGAAACCUGAAGAUUGUGCCAAGUCUGGUCAGGGAGAAGUGGGGAAAUUGACAAGCUCUCCUGAUUCUCCCCCUUGGUUAGCUAAUGGCUCUCUAGCACCCAUACAAUUUAAUGAUGAGGAGACAACUGAAAAGAUGGGGGUUAAACGGAAUCAUGACUUGGUGGAAAAGAGCCCAGAGCAGGAACUGCUUCAGGAUAAAAAGACUAAUACAGUCUAUAAACGUGGCUGUGCAAUAACCAGUUAUCCAGUUUCCCAAAGCACAGGCUUAACCAUGGAAAUUAAUUCACUCUUCCUUUCUGAACUCCGAAGCAGCACCAACAAUUACACCAGUGACAGAAAGUCCGAGGACGACUACAUAUCCACACCUCGCACCCCGAAAAAGUUAGAAUCUGCAAACCCAGUAGCCAAGAAUUUGCUUUGUGAGCUGGAUGAUAAUUGUGAACGGGAUGGAGAGCUUAGUUCAAACUCGGAGGGAAAAGAGAGCCUGAAUCAGGAUUCGGAUUCUUCUUCCACUGGCAUGUCCGUAACCGAAAACCAGAUAGAAAGGGAGCUUUGCCAUGUGGAUAAGAGCAUUAAAGAACUUUCCUUUGAAGAGUCGGCGAGUGAAAGCAAUGAGGAAACCACACCAGAGAACAAAGGCAUUGCAUUCAUGGCUGAAAAUAAGAAAAUGCAGUCCAAACACCAACCAAAUACAAGCAGUUUGCCGGACUCUUUACAACAUGUGUUGGCUUCUCCUGCUGUAGUUAAUGCAAUGACCAACCAUAGGAGAAAACCCAUAGUAGUUUUCAGGAGUUACAACAGCACCAUCAAUGCCUCCAACAUGUCAGAACCGUCCAAAAUUAGUAUGAACUCUGCAGACAAAAUCCACUUUUCUUUGGGGUGCACUGGCUCCUUCCCCAUGGCUGUUACUCCAGUACAAAAGAAAGUCCAGGGCCUUACAGAGACACCAUAUAGGACACCAAAGUCUGUAAGGAGAGGGGGCGUACAGGCUGAAAAUGAGAGGAUCCUUGGAACCCCAGAUUACUUGGCUCCUGAGCUGCUUCUAGGAAAGUCCCAUGGUCCUGCGGUUGACUGGUGGGCUCUCGGGGUUUGCCUUUUUGAAUUCCUGACUGGUAUCCCCCCAUUCAAUGAUGAAACUCCUUCGCAAGUCUUCCAGAAUAUAUUAAACAGAGACAUUCCUUGGCCUGAAGAAGAGGAGACCCUCUCUGUAAAUGCCCAGAGUACAAUAGAAAUUCUCCUGGCCAUUGAUCACACCAAGAGAGCUGGGCUGAAAGAAUUAAAGGCUCACCCUCUCUUUCAUGGCAUUGAAUGGGACGACUUGCAGAACCAGCCUAUGCCCUUCGUUCCACAGCCCGACGACGAGACAGACACGACCUACUUUGAAGCCAGAAACAACGCUCAGCACCUUAAGGUCUCUGGAUUCAGUCUAUAGAACAUGACAUAGUAACAAUCUCUGCCCUUUUAUAAGCUACCCACCCGCCCUGCAGGCAGAACCCUUCCCCCAACAAAUCUCACCUGCUUCACAUUUUAUUGUAAUUAUCAGAUAAAUAUUUUAAUGAUCUAGUGAAGCCGGGAGCAAUGUUUUGUGUAAAUAAGCAUAGUAUUUACUAUUUAAAUUGGACCUGGUGUCCUACCCUUAAGCACCUUAUAGUCACAAACUGUUAUGUUUGUAAAUUGCUCUGUAAAAUAAAGUAAUCUGAUGAGACGUUACUUUGAGUCAGAUGAAUAGUUGGAAUAAGGGACUAGUGCAUGAACUACAUGGGUUAUGCCUGUAUAUGCCACAUCCCUUCCCAUGGCUUUUUUGCACGAAGAGAUGUGAUUGUAUUUCUAUAGACAUGUCUUGGCCUGAAUAAUAAGCAAAUUAAAGGGGUGGUUCACCUUUAUUUUAA